AUUAAUGGAAAGUGCAUUUAUAUUCGGAUGUCUCUUUGGAAUGGGAAUCAGAAUGACUGUCAGUCGAGUAAUAAGACAACCACUACUGUACAGUAAUCAACAAUUCGAAUAUUAGAAUGUCAUCAAUAUCCUAAAUAUAUGUUCUUGACAGGACUUGCCUUUUCAGGGUUUGAUUGGAUUAGACGACUCUCAUUGGAAACAUUGUGCGAGAAAGAGGAGUUACAAGAAUUCCUAGUACGAACUGCACGCAUCAACCAAUUGGCAACAGGAGCAGAGUCUGUCGGAGAUUACAAGAAGGAGUUUAUCUAGAUUGCCGUAGAUGAGCACAUUUAUUGAUAAAU